AUGGAUCUCGACACGGACUUUUCACCGGAUUCGCCUCGGGAUCUUGCCAAGGCUCGCCGUAUUGUCGCUCCUGAGGCUUGGACGGAAACACCGUACUUGCCUUCGACUUACUACUGCUCAUCCGACAUUGUUGAUUGGCUGGUGGUUCCCCUGAACUUUGACGUUGUUGAUCCUACAAACGGUUGGAAGCUCUACCGCAACGGCACACGCAGUUUUAAGAUCUUCAGCACCUACCUUGACGGCACUUACGCUCUGCUCUAUGGCACGUCCAUGGCUACUCCAUACGUAGCUGGCGUGGCUGCGCUCUUUGUGAGCGCCCAAGGUGGCCGAUCGGUGCACGGCAAGGGAUUUGCCAAGGCAUUGUAUCUACGAAAUAUUGCCAACGAAACCUCUUUACCCUGGUCUGACGGAACCGUCACCGAUUAUGGUGACCGUAUUGGUGGCUCAAGUUGGCAAAGACUAACUUUUGGCAGUGUCUACUCUUUCAAUCUUGAUGCUUUUGUCGCCGAUUUCCCGGAUAUCUACUCGAAGCUCAAUUGA